AUGAUGACUCUUCCGGCAUCCCUCCACCUUCCCAUCCCCACCUUUAUAUUUAAUAACGCCUAUACCAAUUAUUCGGCUGUGGUAUGGGGUGAUCUUAGGGCUCAAACCAAGUCCUGUGCUCGAGCCCCUCCCUUAUGGACAGAAUGUCGCACUGCCAUACCUGCAGAUAUUGUGUUCCUGGUGGAUGACUCCUGGUCAGUGGGUCCAACCAGCUUCCAGCAGAUCAAAGAGUUUGUAGCAGACAUCAUCAGAGCCUUUCAUGGCAGUGUGGUUGGGCCGGAAGGCAUUCGCUUUGGAGUGACAGUCUAUGCAGACAUCCCCAGGAUGCGUAUAGCUCUGACGGAUUAUUCGACUCUGGAUGAGGUGUUGAGGGCCGUCGAGGAGGUGCCGUACGAAGGAGGCAGCAGUCGCACUGGUCUGGCAUUGGAAUUCCUUGUAGAGUCUGUCUUUAGUGCUUCUAUAAUCAGAGACAAUGCCCCAAAGAUUGCUGUUCUGAUCACUAAUGGCCAAUCGGAUGAUCCGGUUGAUGGUCCAGCUAAAGUUGUAACAGACAGUGGAAUAUCUCUGUUUGCUGUGGGGGUGAGGAACGCCGAUCAGUCAGAGCUUAGGAAGAUUGUUACAGAACCUCAUGAGGAACAUCUGAUGCUCAGCCCAGAUUUCUCUUUCCUGGAGCAUCUGCUGCCCAAGUUCUCCCGUCGCAUCUGCUUCACUGCAUCAGAACCUCCACGACCCGUCAAACAAAACCCACUAGUGGUGGAGAGGAUAGUGGGUCCUAAAGAUCUGCAGGUGAGUGAGUUGAGUUACAGCUCUCUGCAGCUGAGCUGGAGUCAGGCCACAGGAGACGUUACCGGCUACAGGCUGCUCAUCACCCCUGUGUCUCCAAAGGGCCAUCUGCUCUCGGCACAACAGAGACAGAUUGAUCUGAAGGGAGAUGUUGGCAGCACACAAGUAACCGGGUUGAGUGCCAAGACUGAGUACUCUCUUGCUGUAUAUGCCAUCUACCCUGGACGCAUAGGAGAGUCUGCCAGUAUUAUCACAGAAACCACUCCUGUACCACCGGUUGCCAACUUCCGUUUGAUUGAAGAAGGUCUCUUCUCUUUACGCCUGGGAUGGACACCUCCACUUGGAAAAGUGGAUGGAUAUAAAAUCUACAUUCCAAGAUCGGGCAGACCCGGGCUCAUUUAUGAGCAGAUGCUGAGGGGCGACACCUCCUCUCACGUGAUUGACACCUUGGAAGAGGAGAAAGAGUACACUGUCAGCAUCUAUGCCAUCUACCCUGAAGGCCCAAGUGAACCUGUGUCUAUAGUCGGGAGAACUUUGAAGCUUGUUUCUGUUGAGAAACUGCUGGUGCAGAAUGCUACCACAGACACAGUUCAGGCGAGAUGGUCAUCUGUCAGAGGGGCUACAGGAUACAGACUCACCUGGUCAUCAUCAGAGGGACACAUAGAAAAUGUGAAUCUGGGAGACAACUUUAAUUUCUACAUGGUGCAGGGCCUACAUGCUGGCACUGAGUACACCAUCACCAUCAAUCCCAUCUUUGUGGACAUUGAAGGGCCUGUUACCUCUGCCAAAGCCAAGACAUUGGAAAGCAGUGCAGUACAGACCCUACGAGCCUCUGCGUUGAGCACUAACAGUGCCGUUACCUCAUGGAACGCUGUGCCUGGAGCCACAGGAUACAGACUGGCCUGGGGCCCCACUGCAGAGUUUCUAGGGAGAGAUCGGCCCAGACAGCUGGCUCUCAAUGGCAGCACUACUGAAUAUAUUCUGAAGAAUCUGGUUCAUGACACAGAGUAUGUGCUCACUCUUUACGUGCUGUUUGGUUCUAUGGUUGGACCGGGCAUCACUGCUACAUUCAGGACAUCACCUCUAGGAUACGUCUCAAAUUUUAAAGUGACAUCAUACACUAGCUCUUCCAUUGAUGUGGAAUGGAGCCCUAUUGUAGGGGCCACAGAGUACAAACUCACCUGGAGUUCAGAAUUUGCACUUCCUCAGAGUCGUUAUCUUGACCGCAGCAUUUUACGACACAGCAUCUCUGGUCUUGAGCCAAACACCCUUUAUUCCAUCAGCAUUCAUGCUCUCUACAGCAAUACAGAAGGGCCAGAAAUCACUCUCUCACAGCAAACAGCAUCCUUGACAGACUCUGAGCUAAUUGAAACAGUUCGGGAGGUAAAAGUGGUGGACAUCGGUGCCAGUUCUUUCAAACUGGCUUGGAGAAAAACACCAGGCGUUACUGGGUACAAGAUCAGCUGGAGCCCCUUCCAUGGUGGUGAGAAGAUGAGUGAGGUUGUAUCGUCUUCUACCACGUCCUUCACCAUCACUGAUCUGCCUGCCAGCUCUGCCUACAAGAUUCAGGUGUCUGCAGUGGUCAGGAGCAAAACGGGAAGCCCAGUCAUGGUGACCGCCCGCACCUUGGAUCUGCCUAAAGUGACUGGAUUUAGUGCUCUGAACAUCACAGACAACAGCACUGUACUGAACUGGACCAGUGUGACUGGAGCCUCUGGAUACCUGCUGUCCUGGAGACACAUAUCAGAGUUGAAGAUCUCCUCUGAGCUGCUAAGCUCGGCUUUCACCUCCUACAAGAUCCGAGAUCUCCAGUAUGGAAGAACCUACAUCUUUUCCAUCAGACCUCUUUAUGGGGAAGUGGAGGGUCCCGUCACAACCAUCACUAAAAGAAUCUUGGGUGCUCCUCGUCUCAUUCCUGUUCAGAGUGCGACACCUGCCCCUGUAUCAGCUAAUACCAACAGCAAUGAUCUUCACCUCCACUCCACAACCAGAAACACCCACACACCAGUGGGCAAAGCGCCCAGCACACCCACCAGCACUCAGAGACCUGCUGUGAGGCCUCAGAUCACAAUUGGCCAAACAGCCGCAGCACUGACCAGAAUUACCACAGCACAUGACCAAACCACCCUGUCCAUAGAGACUCCCCCACCUGGACCAGUGUGUGGCAGGGUGAAGGCAGACAUUGUUUUUCUUGUUGAUGAAUCUUGGAGCAUUGGUACUAAUAACUUUGGCAAGCUGAAGGACUUCCUCUUCAGAAUUGUCACCUAUUUCCCCACUAUAGGACCUAAAGGAACACAGAUAGCAGUGGUUCACUAUAGUGAUCAGCCCAGGAUUGAGUUCAACUUUAAUGCUCACAAAGACCGGAACUCAGUUCUGAGAGCGCUCAGAGAGGUCCACUAUGGAGGGGGGAACACAAAAACAGGUCAUGGGAUCAGCUAUGUCCUCAGGGAGCUGUUUCAGGAGUCUCUAGGAAUGAGACAGGAAGUUCCUCACAUCUUAGUGCUGCUAACAGAUGGGAGGGCACAGGAUGAUGUAGAGCCGCCCUCCAGAAUUGCCCAUGCACUGGGUGUCAGUGUGCUGGCCAUUGGAAUUGCUCACGCUGAUAUUGAGGAGCUUGGGAAGAUCGCCUCCCCCACCACCUACAAGAACAUCUUCUUCGCCAGUGACUUUGACGAUCUUCCGUCCAUCGAGAGAGAGUUUAUCAGCAGCAUCUGUAGUGAAGCCUUACAGUCAGAGUUCAAACAAGACGAUGAGUCUUCUCAACUGGACACACCUACGGGUGACCCAGAGGCUCUCUCUAAACCUGAAGGGCCUUGUCCGCUUAGCUGCAAGGGUCAAAAAGGAGAGAAGGGUGAUGGAUUUGGUCAUGGCGGCCUGCAUUUAAAGCAAGGCCCAGGAUAUUAUAACUCAUUCUCUAUAAAGAUCAAAGGGGAGAAAGGUGAGAGGGGUCUUCCCGGAACUGAUGGCAUCCCGGGAUUACCAGGACGUCCGGGUAGAACGGGACCCCCUGGUUCUCCUGGACAAAGGGGGUCACCUGGAACUCCUGGUGAUAUGGGACUUCCUGGUAAUACUGGACCAAAAGGGCAGAGAGGAGAGAGAGGAGAGCCAGGCUAUGUAAUGGGAGGCAUGGAGGUUCUUCCAGGGCGUAAAGGAGAACCCGGCUCCUCUGGCCACCCAGGUGCUCCAGGUGUCCCAGGGGUAUCAGGCCCUCCAGGGCUGCCUGGUCAGCCUGGACCUCAAGGGUCUCCUGGUCUCUCUGUCAAGAGUGAGCCUGGAGAACCUGGUCUUAAAGGUCCACGUGGGAAACCAGGUCCCAAAGGAGAAAAAGGGGAGCAGGGGAAUAAUGGUCUGGCAGGUUUGCCAGGGCUUGUGGGAGUAGAUGGGAUCCCAGGACUGCCUGGUCAGAAGGGGGACAAGGGAGAGGAAGGUAUUGGAAUUCAAGGUGUUCAAGGGCCACCAGGGCCAGCUGGAGAAAAGGGUAAUAAUGGAUUACAAGGCCCAAAGGGCGAUUCAGGUCUUCAAGGAGUCCAGGGAAUCAUAGGCCCUCGGGGCAAAAGGGGACUAAAAGGUGAUCAAGGUGACAAGGGUGAACGAGGAGAGAUUGGGCCAAUCGGACCUCCAGGAAUUGCAGGUUUGCCUGGAGCUGUUGGACAAAAGGGUGAUGAGGGGCAGCGUGGCGCUCCUGGCGAGCCAGCUAAAGGGAUUCUUGGUCCUCUGGGGAAAAAGGGCGCCAGGGGUGACAUCGGACCAGCUGGCCCACCUGGACCACAAGGGAUCAAAGGAGACCAGGGAGCUAAAGGGGAAAAGGGUAACCCUGGAUUUGGGAUCCCUGGUCAACCUGGCCCCAAAGGAGAGAGUGGAGAAAGAGGUAAUGUUGGAUUAUCAGGGAAACCAGGGCCUAAAGGCGAUGAUGGAUCUAAAGGAGAGAAAGGGGACGUGGGUUUCCCGGGCAAUGCUGGAUCUCCAGGACUAAUAGGUAAAGAUGGUGUGCCAGGUUUGAAAGGGGAGGUGGGACCAAGGGGAGAGUCUGGUUUGCCAGGAGAGCCUGGGGAGAGAGGUGUCAAGGGUCCGCUUGGUCUGCCGGGACGACCAGGUGACCCUGGAGGAAAAGGGGAGCCCGGGAAAUUAGGGUUACCGGGUCCAGAGGGGCACAAAGGAGAGAAGGGCGAGCCGGGAAAGCCGGGGCCACCGGCAGACUCUCAAUUUACCAUGUCAGACAACACCAUUCUCACCAGGGCUGUUAAGGGUGAACCAGGUAUGCCGGGGCUCCCAGGACUCCGUGGGGAGACAGGACUUCCUGGGCCGCCUGGUCCUGAAGGUAAACCAGGACCUCCAGGGAAUUCACUGUUUGGAUCUGGUACUGGAAGAGAUGGUCUGGAUGGUCUACCUGGAAGGCCUGGAUCUAAGGGUGAACCAGGACAGAAAGGAGACCCAGGACCAAAAGGAGAGAAAGGAGAUUCUGGACGGGCUGGGAUUACUGGUAUGCCUGGUUUACCUGGAACACCUGGGAAGCCUGGUGUUGAUGGGAAGCGUGGGAUGGCUGGAAAAGAUGGUGAACGUGGACACAAGGGAGAUGAAGGGGCGAAGGGUGAAAAGGGUGAAACUGGUGUUAAUGGAAGCGAAGGUAAAAAAGGAGAGCCAGGAUCUCCAGGCUUGCCAGGUCCACCCAUUGUUCUUCAAGAGGGUAUGUCAAUGGAGGACAUAAAAAAGGCAUUUCCCAUACCAAUGGGACCCCCUGGAGUGACGGGUCCUCCUGGAAUGAAGGGAGAUAAAGGAGAGAUGGGUUUACAAGGAGAGAAGGGUGACACUGGCCCACCUGGGAGAGCUGUUGAAAUGAAGGACAUUGAAGCCUUGUUUGAAUCAUAUGGUAUUAAACUCUCGCUGCUUAAGGCCUUCACUGACAGGCUACUUCAGGAUGGUAUGGAAGAGCUUCUUCAUGACAUCACCACCAACAGAAGAGUCAAAGAGGAGAGACAUGAGCCUGACUCCAACAUCAUCACUGAAUACACUAGCUCAGAAAAGUACAGUCAACCCCCUGAUUCACCACCUGAUGUGGAUUUGAUUGAGGAAGAGUCUGAUCUGGAAGAUGGAAAGAUGCCUGAACCAAGUCCUGAGUCAGUGGGAGAAACAGAGGUGGAUCCUAUUCUUUGGAGCAUCUCUAACAACCACAGUAAGGAUGACCAGAGCAAAACAAAGGGCAAGCUGGCAGAGGACGAGGAAAAGACACCUGUGAAGACCAACUUCAGUGAUGUAACACCCUCCAAAUUUACUCAAACCAACACUUCCUCUGAAAGGCUGGGUUCCGGAAAGGCAGAGGUAGGUAUGGAAACAGUUUUACACAGUCAUGAGGAUACAGGGAAGAAAACAUCUGGAGAGAAGAAGAAAAGCAGAGAAAGGGGAAAGGGCAAAGGAAAUAAAGGACGUCAAAAACGGCAAAGGAAGCGUUUGGAAGACCAAGACAACAUAGAAGAGGAUGUUGAGGAAACAUCAUAUAAUGAUGAAGUAUACAGCUAUGAAUAUGAGGACAAGCUGCCCACAGAAGAACCCUUUCUCACUCGAGAGGAAGAGAGCAGAGAGGAGGAGCUAAUAUACUCUGCAACAACAGCUUUAUACACACAAGAAAAUGAAACUACUUACACAACAACAGCAGGUCCCCUGCUUUCAUUGAGAGUCACAGAACAGAAGCAGACUGAAACCGCACUAUUGUCAGUACUAACUACCACACAAACUGGAGAGGAGGAGCUCCCCUAACCUCUGUAAAGAGAGAGAUUCAAGUGUGUAGAAACUGUGAAGGGUAAAAGAGGGGGAGAAUCUGACUGGCUGGCAUUACUUUGGGAGAACCUCCUUUCCUGUCGCACAGUGAUGAUGUCAUUUGCCCAUGCUGCCUCCAUCACGACUAACGUUCAGUAAUCUACAGUGCCAUCACAAUCUAUGAGGAGAGACCAGUCCAGUUUUAACAUAAAAAAACUGUCCUUGUAAAGUUCUGUUUUAUGCAAAACCUAAACACUAAAUCAUAUAUGUACAUACAUACAGGGUUGGGAGGGUUACUUUUGAAAUGUAUUCCACUUCAGAUUACAGAAUAUAUGUUGUAAAAUGUCAUUUGUAAUGUAUUCCAUUAGAUUACUCAAGGUCAGUAACGUAUUCUAAAUACUUUGGAUUACUUCUUCAGCACUGGUAGAUUUUUUCACUUGUUUUGACUAUAAAAACUCUGCCAGUACAGUAAGACAAAAUACACAUGUUAAAAAUACAUUCUCUGAAAAACCUAAAUAUCUUAUGCAGUGUUGUUUCUAAAACAAGAUAAAUCAAAUUGAUCUUGUUUUAAGGAUUUUUAGAUAUUUUUACAGGAAAACAAUAUAAAAAUUAUUAUCAAGAAUACGAUUUUUCCCUAAUAUCAAAGGUCUUACUAGAAAAAAAGAAAUUAUCAUCCAACGUGAAAUUUCUUGAUAAAAAAAAAUAUGAUCAUGCCUGGUAACGUGCAUGUAAAAUGGCUAGAAAUAGCAUUUUAGCUUAGCGUAAAGCUGACAAUUUACACAAGGUUUAUUUCUAUUUCUUCUGCUGCAAACUGACUUCAAACGUACUUCUCUGUCUGUUCGUAUGAAUGUAACACAUCAUAAGAAAGUGUUUCACCGCUGUUCAAAUGCACUUUGGAUCACAUCAUUUAUAUGAAUAAAUGUUUUCCAUCUGAAAGGACUAAAUAUUAAAUGAAACAAAUGACAAUAAAAUGCAAAGUAAUCUCUUCAGUAAUCAAAAUAAUUUUUGAAUGUAACUGUAUUCUAAAUACCAAUGAUUUCAAUUGUAACUAUAGUGGAAUACAGUUACUUAUAUUUUGUGUUUUAAAUAUGUAAUCCCAUUACAUGUAUUCUGUUACUCCUCAACCCUGUGUGUGUGUGUAUAUAUAUAUAUAUAUAUAUAUAUAUAUAUAUAUAUAUAUAUAUAUAUAUAUACACACAUAAAAGUGAAAACACUCAUGAAUGGUUUCUUAGUUUAUAAAAAAAAAAAAAAUCAUAAAAAAAUAAAUAAAAUAAAAAAAUCAUUACAAUCUCAUUUUAAACAGUGUUGUUUUAAAACUGCUAAGACUCACUUGCCCUGACAGCAGCUCAUAGUAUGUAGAUUUGUUCAUCAGUGCCUUAUUUAUUGAUAAGACUGAAAAAGAUUGUAUUUUAUCUGUUGAAUAUACUUUUUCCAUUUGCAAGAACAUUAUGUACUACCUGUUUUCACUGGUGAAAUUCAAUGGCAUUUUGUUUCAUAUUUAAUCUGCUUGUGCAUGUCAGUAAAUGUGUUCAUCCUUCCU